UAUGAACCUACCUCCUGACAAAGCCAGGUUACUGCGGCAGUAUGACAAUGAGAAAAAAUGGGAACUGAUUUGUGAUCAGGAACGAUUCCAGGUGAAGAAUCCUCCCCAUACAUACAUUCAAAAGCUCAAAGGCUAUCUGGAUCCAGCUGUAACCAGGAAGAAAUUCAGACGGCGUGUUCAAGAAUCUACACAAGUGCUAAGAGAACUGGAAAUUUCUUUAAGAACCAACCACAUUGGAUGGGUCAGAGAAUUUCUGAAUGAAGAAAACAAAGGUCUUGAUGUUCUGGUGGAAUAUCUCUCAUUUGCACAGUACGCAGUAACUUUUGACUUUGAAAGUGUGGAGAGUACUGUGGAGAGCUCGGUGGACAAAUCAAAGCCCUGGAGUAGGUCCAUCGAGGACCUGCACAGAGGGAGCAACCUGCCCUCACCUGUGGGCAACAGUGUCUCCCGCUCUGGAAGACAUUCUGCACUGCGAUAUAAUACCUUGCCAAGCAGAAGAACUCUGAAAAAUUCAAGAUUAGUGAGUAAGAAAGAUGAUGUACAUGUCUGUAUCAUGUGUUUACGUGCCAUCAUGAAUUAUCAGUAUGGUUUCAACAUGGUCAUGUCUCACCCACACGCUGUCAAUGAGAUUGCACUAAGCUUGAACAACAAGAAUCCCAGAACAAAAGCCCUUGUCUUAGAACUGUUGGCAGCCGUUUGUCUUGUCAGAGGCGGGCAUGAAAUCAUUUUAUCAGCAUUUGAUAACUUUAAAGAGGUUUGCGGAGAAAAACAGCGCUUUGAGAAGUUGAUGGAACAUUUCAGGAAUGAAGACAAUAACAUAGAUUUUAUGGUGGCUUCUAUGCAGUUUAUUAAUAUUGUAGUCCAUUCAGUAGAAGAUAUGAAUUUCAGAGUUCACCUGCAGUAUGAAUUUACCAAAUUAGGCCUGGAUGAAUACUUGGAUAAGCUGAAACACACUGAGAGUGACAAGCUUCAGGUCCAGAUCCAGGCUUACCUGGACAACGUUUUUGAUGUAGGAGCUCUGCUGGAAGAUGCUGAAACUAAGAAUGCUGCCUUGGAGAGGGUGGAAGAACUGGAAGAAAACAUCUCUCAUUUAUCUGAAAAACUGCAGGACACAGAGAAUGAAGCCAUGUCCAAGAUUGUGGAACUGGAAAAGCAACUCAUGCAGAGGAACAAGGAGCUGGAUGUCGUUCGGGAAAUCUACAAAGAUGCAAAUACUCAAGUUCACACAUUAAGAAAAAUGGUCAAAGAAAAAGAAGAAGCAAUUCAAAGACAGUCUACCCUGGAAAAAAAGAUUCAUGAACUGGAGAAACAAGGGACCAUUAAAAUUCAGAAGAAAGGGGAUGGGGAUAUCGCCAUACUGCCAGUCGUGGCUUCUGGCACGUUGUCCGUGGGGUCAGAAGUGGUAGCAGGUAACUCUGUGGGACCCACAACGGGGGCCGCUUCCUCGGGACCCUUGCCCCCUCCUCCACCACCACUGCCUCUCUCAUCAGACACACCUGAAACAGUGCAAAAUGGUCCAGUAACACCACCUAUGCCUCCUCCUCCUCCUCUCCCAGGCCCUGUAGCUGAGACUGUACCAGCUCCUCCCUUAGCACCUCCCCUUCCCUCUGCACCCCCGCUGCCUGGAACAUCUUCACCCACAGUGGUUUUCAACUCAGGAUUAGCAGCUGUGAAAAUUAAGAAGCCAAUCAAGACAAAGUUCCGAAUGCCAGUGUUUAACUGGGUUGCUCUGAAGCCCAAUCAGAUCAAUGGCACAGUCUUCAAUGAAAUUGAUGAUGAGCGAAUUCUGGAGGAUUUAAAUGUGGAUGAAUUUGAGGAAAUAUUCAAGACAAAAGCCCAAGGUCCUGCCAUUGAUCUUUCUUCAAGCAAACAGAAGAUACCACAGAAGGGAUCAAACAAAGUGACAUUACUAGAAGCAAACAGGGCCAAAAAUCUUGCCAUAACUUUAAGGAAAGCUGGAAAGACUGCUGAUGAAAUAUGUAAAGCUAUUCAUGUAUUUGACUUGAAGACACUGCCUGUAGACUUUGUGGAAUGCUUAAUGCGGUUCCUGCCAACUGAGAAUGAAGUGAAAGUGCUUCGGCUCUACGAGCGGGAAAGGAAGCCUCUGGAAAACUUGUCAGAUGAAGACAGGUUCAUGAUGCAGUUUAGUAAAAUCGAGAGGCUCAUGCAGAAGAUGACUAUCAUGGCUUUCAUUGGGAACUUUGCUGAAAGCAUUCAGAUGCUGACUCCUCAACUACAUGCGAUUAUAGCAGCAUCUGUCUCUAUAAAGUCGUCCCAGAAACUCAAGAAAAUUCUGGAGAUCAUCUUAGCCCUCGGAAACUACAUGAAUAGCAGUAAAAGAGGAGCAGUUUAUGGAUUUAAACUUCAGAGUUUAGAUCUGCUCUUAGAUACAAAGUCAACAGACAGAAAGCAAACACUGUUGCACUAUAUAUCCAAUGUGGUGAAAGAAAAAUAUCACCAAGUGUCCCUGUUUUAUAAUGAGCUUCAUUAUGUGGAAAAAGCUGCUGCAGUCUCCCUUGAGAAUGUUUUGCUGGAUGUCAAGGAGCUCCAGAGGGGAAUGGACUUGACCAAGAGAGAGUACACCAUGCAUGACCACAACACACUGCUGAAGGAGUUCAUCCUCAACAAUGAGGGGAAGCUGAAGAAGCUGCAGGAUGAUGCCAAGAUUGCACAGGAUGCCUUUGAUGAUGUUGUGAAGUAUUUUGGAGAAAACCCCAAGACAACACCACCCUCUGUCUUCUUUCCCGUCUUCGUCCGGUUUGUGAAAGCAUACAAGCAAGCAGAAGAGGAAAACGAGCUUAGGAAAAAGCAGGAACAAGCUCUCAUGGAAAAACUCCUGGAGCAAGAAGCUCUGAUGGAACAGCAGGAUCCAAAGUCUCCUUCUCAUAAAUCAAAGAGGCAGCAGCAAGAGUUAAUUGCAGAAUUAAGACGACGACAAGUUAAAGAUAACAGACAUGUAUAUGAGGGAAAAGAUGGUGCCAUUGAAGAUAUUAUCACAGCCUUAAAGAAGAAUAAUAUCACUAAAUUUCCAAAUGUUCACUCGAGGGUAAGGAUUUCUUCUAGCACACCGGUGGUGGAGGAUACACAGAGCUGAUCUUAGAAACCAACCAUACAGACGAGCCGAUGCGGUGAGGAGAAGCGUCAGGCGGCGCUUUGAUGAUCAGAACUUGCGUUCUGUUAAUGGUGCCGAAAUAACAAUGUGAACCGGAGACCGGCCUGCAUGAAUACAGGGUGUGCAUGAAUGAAACUGCCCACAUGAACUUUAAGAAAGUGCUACCAUUUAACUGCAGCCUUGAACACACAAAAAAUAUUCUUAAGGGCUCAGAUUUAGCAAACACAAAAUAAUUUUAAAAUGAGCUCUCCUUUCAACCCUUGUUAACAAGUGCCUAAAAAUGGAAGUACCUGUUCAGAUUAAUCAAAGCAAUAGGAUUUGAUUUGAUUAGGUAUCUUUUUACACCAGUAUGUUUGUUUUUUUAACCAAAAUGUAAAUUUCUUAUUAAACUCAUUACCUGCCAUUGUGAUUGUCCCAUGAUGGCCCACCUGGUUUCCUGAUGUUGUAAAUAACAUGAAUGCAUCUGCUGUGGGUCCUUUGCUGAGAUGUCUUUGAAGGAAUUUUGUUUUAGCCAUAUCCAUCAACUUUGUAUUUUACUUGCAACUUGGAAGAAGGAAAAAGUCACAUGAUGAGACUCCUUGUGUCUAUAACCAGGCCCUGGCAAAGUGCAAACAGGAUGCAAUUGCAGUGGCACAAAGGUCACUCAACCCUUUGUUUCCAGUUUCACAUUCCACUAUUUCUGUGCUAGAGAACGAUGCUCUGUGAGAAGCAUUCACCGGUAUGAAUGUGGGGAUAUAAUGUAUAAGACUUAUUUGUAGUACUGUGUUCUUCAGCUAGAGGCAGCUUUUAAAUAAUGCAAGUGUAUUUAUUAGCACUAAAAUUAACAUCUCAGUAAUCAGUAUUAGCAUUUCUGAGGACCAUUAUUAAUUCUGAGAACAGAAAUUGGUGCCUUGCAAGGAAGAAGUUUACUAGCUCUAUUAAUAAGCAUUCAAGGUUACAUCUGCUAGCAGAGUAGUAUUAGGAACCUGGCCUUAUUCUCCUCUGACAAUCGCAAUUUUUUCUUAUUUUCUGUAAAUUGGAGAAGAUACACUUGGCAUCGUCUAUCAAGGCUAACUUGUUCAUGCAUUUCCCAGACUACUUAUGGGGAAUUGCAGUUUAAGUUGCUAAAAAGUACUAACAUGGUAUUAAGCUUAAAUAAUAUGUAAUGGGACUAAAUGGCUCACUAAGCCACUGUUAUUUUUCCUUCCUCUCUGGCAGGGCACUUGAUCCAUUCCAAAGUCAAAAACUGGACUGAAGCUAAAUUUGUACUUUUCAUAAUAUACAUUCUGCUUCUGGCUUAUCUUCUUGGUACAUCAAUAUAUUAAUUGUAAAGUUUAUUGUAUAGUAUUUAACCGCUGAAGUUCCUAUUUUAUGUUGUGCUUAUGUGAACCCCUUGGUGAAGGUCCCUUUUCCUUGGAUGUGUAGUUAUAUGAUCUUUUUAAAUGUACAGAUAUUUUGCUAUAAAAUUGGUGCAGUUUUUUAUGGUUUUUACACUUCUCUUUAAUUCCCACCUAAGCCUCUGGGUAAUAUUGUAAAUAUUGUUUUAAAAUGCAUCAGCCUAUGCUAUACAAUCUGAAUGUUAUUUUAACUUAUAGUUUUUUUUAAUAUAUAUAUUUAACUACAAGGACAGUUUAGGGAACAAGUUACCAUAUUUCACUUUAGUGUACCUAUUUACAGAAAGAUUAAACUGCCACCUGCAGGCACAUUCCCAUAAAUGUGUACUUUAAAAAGAACAUGCCAAGAUUUUGUCUUUCUGUGGACUGAACAUUCACUUUGAUUAAAAAUAGCAAUUUGACCAAGUUGGACUUCCACUACAAAGCAGCUGUUUUCCAAAGUUCAAUGCUGACAUAUAUGUUAAAAUAAUUGCCUAUUUAUUCAUCUACAAACAGACAACGUUGGCAUGUUCUUUUCUGUCUAUUAAUGGGCCUGCUUCUUAGCAAUAUUAGAAUAUUUUAUAAAAGCAAUUCAUGUUACUUUUCUGGUCUUUUCAUGGCAUAUGAGCAAAUAAACUAUUUACACUACUA